AUGAGACCAAAGAUGGAGUUUGAUCCGUUGGCCUUCUUCACACCUUCGUUAAAAGAGGACUCAGUAUUUAUACAAGAUGACAGUUUGUCAGUCAAGGCUCACGUACAGAUCGCCAUCCAUCAACUGGUCACAAGUGAGAGAGUAACGCUGUGGCAUGAUGAUAGUUGUGAUGAAUGUGAAGAAGAGGAGGAUGCGUUAAUGCCACUUCAUAUCUUGGAUUUGCCGAUGCUACGUCUACAGCCUCCCUAUCCUGUUCUCGUGACUAUUUUAAAACUUUUGUCCCCGGAUGAAGUACUCAAUUUCGAGCCUAGUAACCGCCAACAAAAUGCAAAUCCUGAUGAAGAGGCGAUUUUUAGAGAGAAGGCAAUUUCACUGAUCCAUUUGAAGAAUGCAUUGACAUGGUUAAACAACAGUUGUCCUCGAUUAAAUGCAUCUGCAAAAUUAAGUCUUGUCCCACACUUAUCGCUAGCUUUGCGAGCAAAUUUCACAAAUGAGUAUAAUGCUUACAUGACUAGGAUCGUUUCUAAUGAGCUUUCAUGGAUGAGCGAGGCUGAAAAAGAGGAGGUCCAAUCUUUGGCUAGCAUGAGGAUAAGCGAAAACUGCGGGCGUAUGGCACAGCCACAACUUAAGAGGAAAAUACAUCUAGCCAAUCUUGAAAAAUAUGGCAGAGAGUACAUCUACUUGAAUGAGCCGUCAAUGACAAAUGACAAUCUCGGUUUGAAAACUUGGGGGAGCUCGCUAAUUCUCGGGUCAAGGUUGCUACGUGUCAGCACUGGAAGCCCGUUUUUAAAAGAGCCUGUUCUUGAACUAGGCUCGGGAACUGGUCUUGUCGGCAUGUGCUGUUGCUUAAUGGGUAUGGUUACUACACUCACUGAUUUGCCACAAAUAGUGCCCAAUUUACAAACCAAUCUCAAAUUGAAUAACUUGGAAAAUUAUUCUUGUGCUGAAUUGGACUGGUCAGCACCUGGGAGCUCGCCCGUGUACGGAAAGUCCUUCUCCACUGUUGUGGUGAGUGAUCCAGUAUAUUCAAGCCAACACCCGCACUGGGUUGUCAAUAUGAUUAGCUUAUUUUUAAAUGAUGACAUUAACAAUAAUAGUGUCUUGAUUGAGGUUCCGUUGAGGCCCAGCUUCGAAAAUGAACGACAAUUGUUGUGGAAAUUAAUGCUGGACCAAUUUGUUGAAGUGGAAUCUGAAAUCGAAGAUGGGUAUGAUGAUUUUGGGGAGAUGAAGUUUUGUUAUAAACGGUUCAUUAGGAAAAUAUAA